AUGACUUGUGAGGAUGAUCUCCGCCCUGGCGUGGUAGCUGGCCUUCCGACAAGCUACUUGGCCGAUGCGACCUAUGUUUCCUCGGACGACAGCAACUAUUUUGUCUGCUCGAGCGUCUCCUCCGACUCUUGUUCCAGCGACGUGGGUGGGAUCACGGAGACUGCGGGUUCCUGCUCCCAGAAAGCUGUGGUCACUACCAAAAUUGUGGACUUUUGCUCCGUGGCAGCUACGAUCUCCACUGCAAUCACAGCAACCACAGUUGAACACUCCAGUCUACCUGCUCGCCACAUUUGCACGUUGCCGCUGUUUGGUCUUGCCGACUAUGAGGACAGGAGCAUCCAGCUCGAGGUAGCCAAGGACGAAGCCGUUGAGGCCAGGAAAGCGGUGGCCGCUGUGCAGGAGGAGAGUGUCCAGGCUCAGGAACACGCUGACGUUGCACAAAAGGUGUUGCUACAAGCACGGGGUGAGCUGAUGCAGGCCCGUCAGCACCUGCAGCCCCUCGUACAGAUGCUAUCCCAGAUUGAGGAAGACCUGCAGUGCCAAAUAUGCAUGCAAAUCAUCAGAUAUCCUGUCAUCCUCAAGUAUGGCCAUAGCUUCUGUCAGAGCUGCAUCGCCACGUGGUUCGCGAACUCCUUGCAAGGUAUUGCAGGAUUCACGGUCUACCUAUUUACGAACCAGCACAAAUCCGUCACCUUCAGGCAUUCAAUAAUUUUGCCAUUCCGGAAAGUCUGCAACAUGUAG